GAAAACAAUUUAUAUAAUACCAGGAAGACUACUGCUGUGUGUUUUUUGUCCUGCUAGUGUUUUCGUGGAGUCUUGAGUUGGUUAAACCUACUGGCAACGCGCUAUAAUGGAGUGCGUGAUUUUAUCUGAGCGAUGAGCAAAGUGAAGCAGCCAGGAAGAGGGCCACUGGCGCGCGUAUGAUGAAGCUAUUGGAGCUGCUUCUCUGCAGACAUGGAGUUGGGAAAACUAGCGAGGAUGUACUGGCAACGAAGCCGGUGCCGACCACCGCGACGUCGGCAAGCCAGCGCAUGGCGGGCCCGAACGCGCACAGCUCCUUCAAGGCCUCUGCGGCAUCGGGAGCAUUGCGGAAGCCACAUAUUUUACACAUUGGUGGUGAUCCGCUGUUUCCUUUGCUCGGCGUUGAGGUGCCCUUCAGUGUUGUUGCCCUGGACACUGUCGAAGUCUUGCUCGCGGACGACCUGGACCUUAGCGCCAUGCUUGAAGUGGUGUACAUCAGCCCAGCCGUAACGACGCGCCUCGGCGCCAGCACGUGUCAGGCCUACGAGCGGCUCAUCCUGCAUGAGCUGCUCAACUCGGAGCAGCAGCUGCUUCUGGAGCUGCGUGACACAGUCAUGAGCUUGCACGCCGCGGAGCAGGAGGCAGCGACAGCUGCAGCCGCAGCAGCCGCCAGAGCAGCAGCCGUGGCGGGUGGUGACGGAGGCGGCGGCCAUGUGGCCUCUCCACCCUCGGCCGCUGGCGCUGCCGUUACCGCUGCGGCCACCACCGCUGCCUCAGCUGCAACUGCCGCUGCAUCUGCGGGGAGGAAGCUGCACACGCCGCUCCUCGCCGUGGCCAGCAUGACUACAGGCCUGGUCGGUGGCGUGCCGCCUGUCACCCGGGCCUCGCGGAGCCAGGUGCAUCAGGGCGGCGGAGGCGGAGGCGUCCGGGGGCAGCACGACGAGGAGGGAGUAGAUGGAGACUUCCGACCCAGUGGGUUGCCGCAACGCAUUGGCUCGGCCAGCAGUCACGGCUCGGAGGACAGUGAAAGCGCGCACCCGUGCGGCCCGGGGACACACGGCAGCGCGGCAGUGGCGGAGCUGGGCCUGGAGGGGCUGCGGCUGCACCCGGCCUGGAUUAUAGGCGGCCCAUGUCGCAGCGGUGCCCUGGUGGAGCGGCGACCCGGGGUGGUGCUGUGGCACAGGCAGCCGCUCAGCUGGAGGCACAGCCGGGCGGUGGCUCUACGCAGCCUGGGGUUGCUGUCGCACCUGGAUGCGGCGGUCACCCUAGUGGCGUGCAGCGGGCGGGUGGUGUACCAGAACGCUGCCUCACGCCGCUUCUAUGGCCGGCUGCUGGGCCGCCCGCCGCGCGAGGGCCCCAGCCCUAUGCUCGGUGGCGGCAUCUCUGCGCUGCCCAUGCCAGGGCAAGGCUCAGGCCUCGAACCCGGCCUUGCCGGGCACCCACAAGAUGGCCAGCAGCCGCACCAGAGCACACAGCAACUUCACUCGCGGCAGCAGCGCCGCAAGGGCACCGGUGGCGGAGCCGACGACGACGAUGACAGGUUCAGCGAGGGAGGGCCGCCGCUGCGCCGCGCACUUACGGUGCUGGAGCCGCGCGCCGGCACCGGCGGCCUGGGCGGCAUGGGCCAGCCGGGCGCCUGGGCCGGGGACCUUGAGUCGCUGCUUCGCGGCAUGGGCGCCGCGCAUGUGGUGCGGCGGCUGUUCAGUUGCGACCUGCCGCGUACGGCGGAGGACAUGCUUGCGGCGUGGGCGAGCGGGCGGCAAUGGAAGAGGCUGCUGCAUGUGCCGCCGCCGGCCGCAGGGCUGCUGCUGCCGGGCGGUUUCAGCGUGCGGCGGGCGGCGCCGGAUGCCGCGGACAUGAGCUGUGGCGGACCGCUACCUCCAGGCUUCACGACAGCCAUGACGCGCGGGCUCCCCAACACGAACAGCUUCAAGAACCGUGGCGGUGGAGGCUGGUCGUUCGGGCAGGGGCACGGCGGCGGAGUGGGGCGAGGCAGCGGUCCUGCGUCGCAGGCCCUGUUGUGGCAGCCGCCGCCGCUGACAACUCGCUUGGGUCUGGGCGCGGCGGGGGUGCGCAUUGGCGACCACGCUGAGUCUGGCGGAGGGCUGGGCGGUCUGGCGGCCGAUAGCACCGCGGCUGGCGCUAACUAUGGCAGCAGCAAGACCUCUGCAGUUGCGCUGUUCAAUGCACGGACGUCUGCUGACAACGUCUCUAAGCACCAGAGCGCUGCGCCGCAGAUGCAACUCCUGCGACAGCAGCAGCAGCAACAGCCGGCGCAAGGGCUCAACCAUCAGCAAGCAGCACCGACGCCGUCGCAACCGGAAGCGGGGCCUGCUGCGGAGACUGACGGUGAGGCCACCGAUGCUGCUAGUGCUUUUACCAGCAGCGCUUCAGGUGUGAAGGGCGCCACCACCUUGACGCCCAUACAUGUCGAGGCCACUGCGGGCAGCCCUGCGGCAGCGCGGUCCCUGCCGUCGGCGCGUCGCAUUCUCUCCGCCGCCGACUCAAGUCCCGGCUCUUUCACCGCGCCUGUCGCCUCAAGCGCUGCCGGCGCGGCCGUCGCUGCUGCGCCUACCGCUUUUGCGACGGCGGCCGCAGCCACGGCAGCACGAUUGGCAGGGCCGUACGCCUCUGGCGGCAGCAGCACGGGUGGAGGGACGAUGUUCCCGCCCAUUUACCUAGCCCAGGAUUCUUACCUGACCAGCCCGUCUGCGAGCUCGCCGUCUGUCACUGCGUCGGUGUCGCCCUCUCCCCUGGACGGCCGCACGGCGCGGCAACUGGCGCAAUGGGCGGCCCGAGGCCAGCAGCCCGCGGCGGAAUCGUCUGUCAGGUCAGGCCUGUCAGCCGCCACCUCCAUGCCGGCACCGCCAGCAGAGGCAGGGACCGCUGCUGCUGAGAACGAGCCGGAGGCGGACAUGGAGACGGAUUCGACAGGGCCAGAAGCAAAAGCAGCCACCGCGGUAAUGGUACCGGUGGCGCAGUCCCGGGCAGCUGAUGAGGCGUUGGCCGCGAUGGCGGCACGCGCAAGCGUAGCGGGGGUCUCGACGUUUGACAGCUAUGCGGCGUGCAGUGCGAGGCAGGCGAUUAUUGCAGGCGCUGGGGACGACGACGAAGAUCUGGAGCUGUCUUUCCUGUGCAGUGUGCCCAUCGUGCCGCCCACCAUCACGAGCCCCGUCACCCCGCCGACCACCGGCGCUCCCGCCACUGCUGUUGGUGGUGGUGCUGCACCGUCUGGCAACACCGUAGCUCUAGGUCCAACUGCAGCACGGCGUGCCGACACCAGCCACGUGGCGGCUGUGCUGACCUUUGGACGCUUUACGGCGGACGCUGCAGCUUCGCUGUCCAAUGCUGGCCGCGAGUCGCGGACCGGGCCAAGUCCUUUCACUGCGGGUGCGGCGGACCGCGGCACGCCUUCGACUGUGAUGAGUAGCAUGAUGAACACAUCAGCCAUGAACGCCGCAACCACACCGGGUCCCGGCGGCUCGGUACCUAAUCUGCUGUCUGGCGCGUCCUCGACAGCUGCCUCGACGACCGCGGCGGCUGCGGCUGCGGCGGUUGCGGCGGGCGGCUCCACAACCCCGUCCGUCAACCGGACCUCGCGCCCCGCGGCUAUCAGUGGGCUGCUUGAGCAGCUGCGCCGCGGCCCACCCGGGCGGGCUGCGGCGGCGGUGGCGACCGCGGCUGUGGCCGCUGAGGAGGAAGCUCUGGUGUACCGCAGCCACUCCCUGGAUGCCGCCCACAUGCGGCUGCACAGGCUGGCGCGGCUUGGCGGUGCUGUGGCCGGUGGCGGAGUGGGCAGUGUUGCAGGAGGGGCUGCCAGCUUGCUGGGCGCGGGUGCGCCCGGCAUCAGCGGUCAUGGCGGGCCCGGCAGCGGCACCGUGCGGCAGUUGCGGCGGGUGGUAUCGCGCGGCGGGGGUGGCGGCGUGGCGUCGGGCAUCUACGACAGCCACUCGCUGCUAAUGGUGUCUCGGCAGGACGGCGAGUGGAUGGCGGCCGAUACCGAGGCAUCCGACUACCGCACUGCCGGCUCCGAAAUCGAAGAUGCGCUGCAGUGCUCUGCGUGGCGGGCAUCACUCAAGGUGUCUGUGUCUCGUCGCAACCUUGAGGCCGUGUUGGCGAGCCCCCGUGUGGUAGCCAUGGGCGCCGCUACCGAGGCUGGCAGCGGAACCGACUGGGCGGGCAACGGCGGCAGCGGCGGCUCCGAAUCCAACAGCCGCAACCUGAUGCCGCGCCAGUUCAGCCGUAGCAACCUGGGCGGCCCCCGCUACGCGCCGGCCGCCACCGCCUCUGUCAGCGGCAGCCUCGGCCACACUCUUAACAACCUGGGUGCACCCAGCAGCAGCCAGCAGCUGCCCACUGCGGGCUCCGCCACACUGGCGCCGUCGAGCUCCUUGAUUCUGCCCGCCUCCAACACCUUGCGUCCUAACUCCACACUGGACCUUGGAGCCGGCGGAGGAGGAGGCGGCACAGGCGUGUUGCUGGAAGGCGGCGCAGACUCGCCGCGUGGUAGCCUGGGAAUGCGCAUGAGCCUGGCCGGCAUCAACACCUCCUCGGGCAGGCCGGGCAGCGGCAGCAUGCUCAGCAUGCACCGCACGCGCACGCCGCGGCGCAGCAGCAUGGAGACGGCGAUCGCUCUCGUUGCGUCCGUGUCCAACCGCUCCUUCAGCCAGAGCAUGGCCGGCAUGGCCAUGGGCGGCGCUGCUGCUGCUAACGGCGCAGGCGUGACUGCGCCGCUACACCGUCGCGUUGACCUGCGUUCGGCUGUGACGUCGAGCCUUCCACAACUGGGUGUGCCCGGCCUUCCAACGUCUUACAACUUGGCGAUUAGCCGCGGCACCCACACAGGCGUGUACGGCGGCGCCAGCAUGGCGUCCGCGGUGACAGCACCACUGCCCAUCGCGCGGCAGCUCACCUCCGACCUGCGAGUGGCGGGCGGCAGUGUAUCGGGGGUGCAGGGAGUGAGCGGCAUCAGCGGCGGCGCCCCCGCCGGCGCCGCGGACUGCAUGCCCGCCGGCGUCAGUGCCGGCAGCUACAAGGACAGCCUCGAGUUGAGCAUGGGCAACUACCACAGCAGCGGUAUGGUGGUGGGCGGCAACCUGCCCAGUGACCCCAACAUCAGCGUCAGCGGCCCUGGCCGCCUGCUUUGCCGCAGCCCCAGCGGACCGGCCAGCGGCCUGUCCGGACCGGCGGCGUCCGUCGGAGCCGCCCUUUCUGGUGACGGGGAGGGCGUAGUGGGCAGCGAGGGCGGCCCAAUGGUGCAGGUGGCGCUGGUUCAGAGCGUGGCGCUGGCCGGCUUGGAGGCGCGGCAUGGCCUCCCCCCGCAAAAUGCUGGCAUCACCGUCGCCGCAACAGCAACCGGCGGCCCGGGCCAGGCUCAGGCUCGGGUUGAGGCCCAAGCCCAGCCUGUCUCUGCAGGCGAUGACGGCGAUGAGACCGUCAGCUGCAGUCAGCUUCUCGCUACCGACGGCUCUGCCACCGGCGGCCACCCUGCGAGGGUGCCUGUCGGGGACAGCGGCCGUGUGGCGCGCACCCUGCACAACUCGGUGGCGGACAGCGGGGCCCGGCUCUUCCCCACUCUGCCCAGCGUCAGCUCCAGCACAGCCAGCAUCCGCGGCGCCUUCCCUGCCGGCCGGGGCUACGGCUCCGGAACCACGGGCGAAGGCUUGGCCAUGCUGAGCAAUGGCUCUACGGGUGGCGGCGCUGCUGGCGGUGGCCCUCAAUCCAGCACGGGGCUGGUGGGCGGUGGCACGGGCUCAGACGCGGUUCUGGUGCACUCGCGCAGGCGCAGCGGGAGCAGCCGCCCCGUCAGCGCCUCGAUCACCUUGCGCCAGGCGGCCAGCAUUGCGUUGGCAGCGCUGUCUGGUGCCGAUGGUGACGACUUCGCGAUGACCAGCGCGCCGGGCGGCGUUGGCGGCGGGGCCGGCAGUAGCCGUGCCGGCGGCGCGGGCAGUGGGCAGGCCUCUCGGCUUGCCGCGUCACAGCGUGCCACAGAGCCGGGUGUCGUGGUGAGCUCUGGUGCAGGCGGCGCAGCUCUGAUGGCUGCGCGCACCUCGGGCGGCUCGGUGUAUGACGAGCUCGAGGACAGCGGGGGUGGCGGCGGUGGAGACGGCGCAGGCCACCCAGGCCACAACGACAUGCAGUUGGGCACGCGCGAUGCGGCGUCGCUCAUGGCAGCGCUUGACGCUGGCAGCGGUCGCGGUGCCGGUGGAUUACCGCGCGACACCGCUGCCCCUACUGCGGGUGGCGCGGGCCCGGUGUGGGGCUCUGCCGUGAUGCCACAGCAGCAACAGCAGGUGCUGGGGUUUGCCCAACAGAGCCACAGCCAUGCGCCGCUGGAGCGUGUGCGCGAGGAGGGCAGUGAGGAGCACGACAUGGUGAUGGAGCUGGUGGAGGCGGCGGGUAGGACUGAGGGCGGCCACCUUCGGCAGCUCACAGCCCCACGUGUCGUCCAGCAGCCCACUACCCAACAGCAGCACCACCACCAACAACAACAACAACAGCAGCACCACCACCAGCACCAGCAGCAGGUUGCUGCGGCCAUGCAGGCGGCGUUGUUCGGCGGAUACGAGGAGCACAUGCUCAAGUGGCACGAGGUGUCGGCCUCGCCCUUCCUGGACCCGGUGACGGGGCAGCGCAUGUUGCUGCUGGUGCAGACGGACGUGACGGCCCGUGUGGAGGCAGAGCGGAAGCUGGUCGAGCUCACGGCGGCGCAGACUGGCAUGCUGGAGCAGAUGUUCCCGCGCCACGUGUUGGAGUUCAUGGUGGAGCACGGCGAGUUCGCCGGCAACAUGGACUUUUCCAACCACCUGUCGGAUUUCGCGCACGCGCACGACCUGGUCACAGUGCUGUUCACAGACAUCGUGGGCUUCACGACAAUGAGCAAAAUGGUUCCUGCCGCGGCGGUGAUGAUGUUCCUGUCCGACCUGUACUCCAAGCUGGAUGCGCUGGUGGACGAGUUUGGCGUGUGGAAGGUUGAGACUGCAGGCGACUGCUACAUUGUGGCGGGCGGAGUGGUACGGCAUGACCAAGACGGCUUUGCGGCGGUGGUCACCGGCGGUGGCAGUACCAGCGAGGCUCAGUACAUGUCUCAGCAGCAGCAACACCCGCAAUGCCAGGCCCAGCAACCGCAACAGCAACAGCUGCUGCUGCCAGUCAGCCAAGGCAGCGGCAGCAUGACGCAGCAGCAGAUGCGGCCUGGAUCGCGGCCCAACAGUAGCACCUCUCUGCCCCACCCCGGCGCCACCACUGCCAGCCGCGGCGAUGCCGGCGCCGUGGGCGCCGCGACUGGUGGCAUCGCCGCGGGCACAGGGCCAGCCGCGCUACUCAUCGACACGGCGGAUGCCGCGGCACUCCUGAACCCCAUGAUGGACAGCACCGCAGGCCUUGCGGGCAACACGGGGUCAGGGAACGCCACAGGCGGCGCGGGCCGCACCCUGCUUGGCAGCUCCACGGGUUACAACACGCUGGGGGCCCAGCCGGCCCCCAUCUCGGCGGCUGCAGCGGCAGCAGCUGCAGCUGCGGGAGCCGGCGCUGGCAGCCGGCUGGGCGACAAGUAUGCGGACGCGGCGGCCGUGUUUGAGUUUGCUGUGGCGAUGUUGGAGGCGGCGCGCACUGUGCGCAUGCCGCACAACGGCGAGCCCGUGCAGCUGCGCGUGGGCAUUCACAGCGGACCGCUGGUGUCCGGCGUCAUUGGCACAAAGAUGCCGAAAUUCGCGCUGUUCGGCGACACCAUGAACACGGCCUCACGCAUGGAGUCGACCUGCAGGCCGGGCAUGAUCCAGGUGUCCGAGACGACGCGGGCGCUGCUGCCGCACGUGACAACGCUGCUACCCACUGGCGGUGUGCACGUCAAAGGCAAGGGCUUGAUGAACACUUUCAUCUACUCUCCGCCGCCGCCGCUGCCGUCCCAGCCGUCGGCUGUGAUGCCGCCGGCAUCUCCUUUCUUUCAGCCGCACCAACACCUCAACCUCAGUCACAACCAUCACCACCACCAGCACUCUGACCGUACCUACCAUCAGGGCUACAGCCACGGCCAUGGGGCGGUCGCUCCGCCAGGCCAUCAGCCGAGCCCACGUGGCAGGCUGGCGACCUCGGCGACGGCUGCCCAGGCUCAAAUCUUGCAGCAGGCGCAGCAGCAGAUGCAACAGGCGGCGGCCUCAGAAACCUUAGCGGCUGGUGGCACCAGCCGCGGAGGCGGCGCCAUGGCGCCUGCCGCUGCGCACGACCGAACAGCGGUGCUGCAGCAGCAGGGGCGGGCCGGAGCAGCCGGCGCGGCCUCAGCAGGCAACGUAAGCAAGGAAGCUGCGGCUCGUGCGCUUUGAGGCGGUGCCAGCAGUGGCGCCGCGCGGGCAGGCGGGUUCUCUGCGGGGCCGUUCGCUGCUGCAGCUGUCCGCAGCAGUGGAUGUGUCUCGGGCAACGGUGGGCACCGCUACAGCCGGCGGGUGCGGGUCGGGUGCGGGUGUGGGUGCGGGUGCGGGUGACGGUGUUUCAGCAAGAGCCUCUGUGCCCUCACGCAUGGCAAGCCAGGGCAUCUCUGCUAUGAGCAUUGCGGUCAGCGGCCCGUGCACAACCGCGCCCAAUGAAGACGAGGAAAGCCUGCCGCUACGAAGUGGAGAGCAGCAGGAGGAGUGAAGCAUGCAGUUGAAGGUAGCCCUACAAAUGCGAUCGCCUCUGUCAGCAGUGGCAAGUACCGUAAUGCCGGCCGCUUUCUGUGACAUAUACGGUAUUUAUUCGAUGCAUGUGCACGUGCAAUAAUGAACCUUUCUCUGCAAGUUUCAGACCGUGAUUCUGGCGUUGAUAGUAGCGUGAGACAUCUGUGACCUGGGUCCGGCAGAGACGGUGUUAUGGCCCACAGGUGGCAGGCAAUAAUCAUGGCUAGCUGCCAAUUUUGCAGGUUACGGCGGGCUCCUUGGCCCAGGCAACCCGGGGGAGACCCGGGACAGGGGUGAUUAUAUUAAUGACACGCCUUUACGGCUGGCUACUCGCAUACGGUAGGUAUGGGGACGUGAACGUUGAUCGAAACGGGACGUGAUCGGAAAUGGGCUUAUGAACGAAGAGCACUGCGGAUUUUGCGCGUUUAUGUUGCUGGGCGGCAGUUUGAAUGGGGCAGUACAGGAAGGGGCACAGAUGCGGGACCAUGGCCGGCCCAAGGAGAACGCGCUAUGGCCCCUAAGGCACUAUGCGUUUCCGGUUGCACGAGUUGAAACACUGAUAGCAGGUGCUAAUGUAGGUUUCCCUGAACGUCCACAGGGGUGGGGUACAAACUCCGGACCCCACCUGCAAUACCAGGAUGAACCUAGCCUUUCCGCCAUGGGGGGAGUGAAGGGACCGCAUGUAAUGUUCAAUCACU